CUGCGGAACCCACAUCCCAAAGCGUUUUGUGUGCUGGGUGGUGAGAACGCUUAACAAACUCCAAAAGUGAAGUCAAAACAUGUGGCAGCUCUCCACGAGCACCCUUUUCUUGUUACCAUGGAUUCCAGCCUUUCUCUGUAAGGUGACCAUGGAGGAAGAGUUCGACGUCCUGGAGGGCGGCUCCCUCACCAUCCCCUGCCACUACGAGCCCCAGUACGCCAGCUAUGUGAAAUACUGGUGCCAGGGGAGGAAGGGGGGGACGCGGGCUCGAACCGACGACCACCACCUGGUCGACCCGGCCGAGAAGAAAGUGAGCAUCUUCGACGACCCGGUCCAGCUGGUGUUCACCGUGACCAUGACGGACCUGAAGGAGGGCGAGUCGGGGUGGUACAUCUGCGGCGUGGAGAUAGGUGGCGUGUGGGAAGCCGACGACACCGCUUUCACAAAAGUCAAAGUGGUUCAUGGCAUGUCAGCCGUGAAGAACAGAAUGAGUGGAGCAGAGGGAAGCGCCGUCACAAUCGAAUGCCUCUACAGCGAGAGAUACAGAGGAAGCGAGAAGAAGUGGUGUCGGAGUGGCGACUGGAGAUCCUGCCUGUCGACGGGCUCUGACGGGCGCUACGAGGACUCCUCCGUGGCCAUCAGAGAUGACAGAACUGGGGCUUUCACUGUCACCUUUAAGAAGCUGCAGAUGAAAGACACGGCGUGGUACUGGUGCUCUGCGGGGCAGGAGAAGAUAGCCGUGCAAGUGGUGGUCGUACCCCAACCCACCACCGUUCCACCAGCGUCGAGCCAGUCCUUUCCAGACCUGCCUCCAGCCAAACCCAUCACGAGGGAGACAUGGAGCAGCCACAGUCCCAUGUUGGCGUCUGUGGUGGUCUCCUCAUCUGUCAUUUUCCUGGCUGUCGUGGCCAUAUUGGCUGUGAAGUUCUGGAGGCUGCACAGCCGGGUUCCAAGAGACGUCGAGGAGAUGAGGGCGAAAUUCAGCGGCUGCUCAAGAGAAGCAGGUGACUUUCAAAACGCGGCAGUACUUUUCCUUAACAAGGAUUCCCAAGAUGUGCGUGUGUACUGAUGUCUGACAUUCUGUGACGUCUGUUGUUACUUUCACAAACUGAAUGUAAUGGAGUUUUUUUUAUUUUUAUUUUUUUUUUUAUUAUUUCCUUGCACUUGUCAGAGCAUGCACCCUCGAUGGCAUUGUUUUUCCUUUUACAUUGUGCACUGCGGUACACGUCCAUCAUGUGCCGCUUUCUGCAGUUCAGCUUUUACAAAUUUGCACCGCUUUUAUACAUGUUUUCCAAAAGACAUGGAUGAUGUUCACAUGUGGUUCAAUCAAUUCUGUUUGGAACUGAUUCAGAAAGUUCAGAGGGUAAUUCAAUAAUUUUAUUAGCAUUUUUAGCUUAUUUAAGGGGAAUCCUGUGAUCAUAAAGGUGAUAUAAAGCACAUUUUGCAUGUUUUCUCUGGUGUUUGGAGUAUAAUAUUUUUGGUGUUGAGCCUUAUGGCUUUGAUCCAUGUCAGAACUUUGACUGGUCCACUCCAAAGUAUUCACAUUACUCCCAGUGAACAGGAACAUGUUGCUGAGCUCAGAAGAUUCAACAUUUUUCCCUCCCUGCGGACAGUGACGCUGACUCUAGUAGCCUCAGCAGGUUAGGAGUCUUGCAAAUUAUCUUUCUUGGAGAAAUGAUCUUCCAUGUAAGGUAAAAAAAAAAAAAAUUGGACCGGAGGGAGAAUAGUCCCAAAGAAACAACACAAUAAGGCCCAUGGGAACCUCUGAGUGAGAAAGGGUCACAGCUGCCCAACCUAUGCAAAUGAGAUCAUAACAUUAUUUGAAACCCUGCAUUGAAUAUUGCUGACUACAUAUUGAUCAGCCUCCUCCGUAUCGACUUUAUUAUCAAGCUAGAAGCAAAAAGGAGGGGAGGCGCUUGGAGUGGCAAGAGUUAGUCCAAAUUGUCCAUUACACAGAAUUUCUUUUGCAUCAUGCAGACAAUCUGGAGUGUGUGAGAUUUUUAUUUAACGAGGCCGUGCCUGCAGGAUGCGUAAUGCUACCAGGUCAGCCCCCCUAGCACAGCCCUGCAGUGUGAGCCUUUUGUUCCACCCGGGAUGAUCUCGUUUCAUAUUAUCACGAGGUUUGACCCAAAAGUUUGUUUUUGGUUAUUUUUUAUACCCAAUUCGACCCUAUGAUUAUAUACACUGCAUCAUUUAUCAGCAGGGAGCUAGUAGGUGUUUUAGAGCUCCCCUUUCCACAUAUAAAAUAUAUAUUUUGCUUAUUGUGCAUAUUUGCUGUUGAGUGUUUUUGUCAUUCAGCGCCACGUAUUGAACACAGGAAGGCGAUCAUAUUUCAGCAGAAAGAGGCAAGCAUGAAAAUAAACUGAUAAACCAAUAAACACUGCAAAGGCU